GUUUUAUUUCCGGCAAGCUAGAUAGUCUCAAUUUGAUAGAAAUAAUUACAUUAUAUAUGUAAAUAAGUGAAGGCUGCCGUAAGUAUCAAGAUGGGGAUGGCAAUUAUUAGAAUAAUGAUAGUUAUGAAGUAAAUUCUGCUUAAUGUCCCCGGUCUGUUCAGCGCAUGCGCAAAAGUGGCCAUAUUAGAAGUAGGGAAAAAAGAAACCGAAAGAAUUUUGAGGGUUGACCAAAACAUUGAACUAGGAGAGCGACAUUAAUCCCUAAAAAUGUUAACCCUGUCGAUAUCAUGCUGUGUCAUUUCAAUAUGAGGAAGCUGGAAACAUGUAGAAGAUAUGUAGAUUAAACAAUAGAGAAUUAUGCCGUCUUUACCACGCCCUGGUCAGCUCAAAGACCCAGAGGUUGCUGCAUUGUUUUCUCAAGAUGAUCCAGAACGUAUAUUUUAUGAUUUAAGAGAAAUAGGCCAUGGCAGCUUUGGAGCUGUAUACUAUGCAAAGAAUAAGAUCACAAAGGAGAUUGUGGCCAUCAAGAAGAUGUCCUAUAGCGGGAAGCAAGCUGCAGAGAAAUGGCAAGAUAUUAUCAAGGAGGUGAAAUUUCUGUGUUCAACACAGAACGAUCACACGAUAAGCUACAAAGGAUGCUACCUACGGGAACACACAGCUUGGCUGGUGAUGGAGUACUGUUUAGGUUCUGCUUCAGAUAUAGUAGAAGUCCACAAGAAACCUCUGAAGGAGUUGGAGAUUUCUGCCAUUUGUCACGACGCUUUACAGGGAUUGUCCUAUUUACACAGUCAAGGGAAAAUCCACAGAGACGUCAAAGCUGGCAAUAUUUUACUCACCGAAAGUGGCAUUGUAAAGCUAGCUGAUUUUGGUUCUGCCUCCAUGGCAUGUCCAGCUAACUCAUUUGUCGGGACACCGUAUUGGAUGGCCCCUGAGGUCAUAUUGGCCAUGGACGAGGGUCAGUAUGAUGGGAAAGCAGACAUCUGGUCACUAGGCAUCACAUGUAUAGAACUGGCUGAGCGUAAGCCACCGUUGUUCAACAUGAAUGCUAUGAGUGCUCUGUACCACAUAGCACAGAAUGACCCCCCGACCUUAGCAGGGGGAGAGUGGUCCGAUGACUUCCGUAGCUUUGUCGAUUCCUGCCUUGCCAAAUCUUCCUGUGAUAGACCUUCUGCAGAUAUACAAUUACAACAUAUAUUUAUUACAAGGCCCCGGCCUGGUAAUGUCAUACUGGACUUGAUCCAAAGAACUAAGGACGCUGUGAGGAAACUGGAUCACCUUCAGUACCGGCGGAUGAUGAAAAUAUUAAUGUUUGGGGAAAAAGAUGGAGAUGUGGACAGCAAUGGUCCUGAUGACAACAUCUCCACAGAUGAAAACUCACAGGAUGAGGAGAACAUUGACAGCAGUAAAUCUAGCAGUAUUGCCAGUCAUCAGAGCGGUGUGAGUACCAGCAGUAAGUCUAGUUCUCAGAACAGCCUACAGACAGUGCCCAAUGAAGAGGAGGCAGGCUUCAGUAACUUCAGACAUUCAUCAAUUUCCCAGGCAAGCAGUGGUCGAAGUGAGCCUGACACCAAUAACUUUGCCACGAUACGUCCUACGUCUAUAGUUACUAAACAGUUCAAAGAGCAUGAACAUACAAACGAACUCAAGGAACAGUUCACUGGGUACAAGAGAAUGAGAAAACAGCACCAAAAGCAGCUACGUCAGAUGGAGGCUAAAUUUGCAGCAGAGAUGGAGGAGCACAAAGUGAGAUUAGACAAGGAGUAUGAUGCAGUAAAACAGAACUUUGUGGCAGAAAUGGACAAAUUACGCAAGAGGCAGGUCGCUGAAAUUGAUAAGAAGAAUAAGACACAUCAAGCCAUGGAAGCCAAACUGGCCAAACAAAUACGCCAGCAACAAGAAACGGAGAAAAAGAGUUUCACUAACUUUCAAAAGCGAGAAUAUAAACUCAAUAAAGAACAGAUGAAAAAGGAAAUAGAUAAUAACACACCUAAGAAGGAGCGGGACGACACGCUAAAGGCGCAUAAAGACCGACUUCAGCAGCGCCAGAAGGAGGCAGAGGACAGGCAAACCAAGAUGCAUAGGGAUGCAAUGGAGUUCGAACUCCGCAAGUUCAAGAGGCGGAAACUUAUGUCAAUGCAUAAACUCAUGCAGGAUCAACUCAGGGAUGAAUUAAAUAAACAACAGACUCAGUUAGAAUUUGAACAUAAUAUGUUAAUAACACAUCAUGAAUCAACUCAGGAUUUAGAAUAUAAACAAAUAACUGCUAUUCAAAAAAUGAAGGACGAUCAUUUAAAAAAGCAACAUCAAACUGAAAAAGAGAAUCAGAAAGAAUACAAUGCAAAAGAGGAGCAACAGUUACGAAAGAAACAUGCUUUAGAACAUAAACAACAACCCAGGAGUCUAAAGCAAAAAGAACUUCAAAUAAGGAAACAGUUUCAUGAAGCUGUAGAAACGCAAAGAAAGCAAUAUAAAGCUCUGAAGGAUCAUGUGUUGGCAAAUACACCCAAAAAUGAGCAGAAAACAGUGGCCAAAAAACUCAAAGAAGAGCAAGUGUGGAAACUGAAUCUGCUGGGUGAACAGUAUGAGGCCAGCAUUGCAGAGAUGCUGCAACAGCAAAAUAUGAGAUUGGAUGACUCGCAGAUUAAGGAGGAGCACGAACUGAAACAACGACUUCAACAGGAACUGGAGUUAUUAAUGGCAUAUCAGAGUAAAAUCAAAAUGCAGAUGGAAGCCCAACACCAAAGAGAUCGCAAGGAAUUAGAGGAGAGGGUGUCCCUACGAAGGGCUCUCUUAGAGCAAAAGAUGGAGGAUGAAAGAAACAAAUUUAGUGCUGAAAGAACGAAACAGAUUCAUGCUUUACAGGAGAGACAGGAAAGGGAAAUAGAAACAUUUGAUGAAGUUACAGAACAAAUGGGAAUGAACUCGGCCAAGGUGGCGGAGGCGUCAUGUGAUGGCAGUUUUGAUGACGAUGUCAGUUUGCGAGGCAGUAUGAUCAGUUUGACCCCCAGCAGUAGUAGCAGUUCCUUCUCAUCGCAGGCAUAUAAUACGUAAUAAACAUAUACCGUCUGUGUAACGGACACUGUAACUUAACUCUCUACCAAUACCAAUGUUUCAUCACCGAGGCAAUCAAAGCAUCAUAGUUUUUCGAAUUUUUAUCUCAGCAAAGAAAAGAUGAGAUUUUAUCGUAGGAGGAAAGUCACUUUUUUUCACACUUCCAUAACCGUAUACAAUGAAAAUGUAUGUGAUUCCCAUAUCAUGUGAUUUAACUGAGAUUUUAAGGAGGAAAAUACCGGCCAAGACGUGGAGAAGAUAAAGUUUCGUGUACUACAAGUGAAACGUUUGUCAAUGGAGGAGCUGUGAAAUUCUUUAACAUCAUUUUUUAAAAAUCGAAAAGUUGGUGCAUAGCACACUUUGGUCGUACAGUGCAGGACCAGUGUGCACAGACCGGUGAUAGUUGAUCAGUGCUAAGGCAGGUUGUUUACCCAGAAUCCUGGGUAGAGAUUUCAAGAAAAUAGAAGAGUACUCGGCUUACAGCAAGAAAGUUUAGCAUGCAACAAGCUGACCGACUAUUAAAUAAAGGCAAUAUUGUUGUUUGUUUCAGAUUAUCACAAGAUGUUAUUAUGAUAACAAUAAUUACAUGUGAAACUACUAAACUACAAAAUUAUUAUGAUAAUAAAUAUAUAGUAUUAA